UUCCUUGUUAUCAGCAGAAGUUGGCAACGAAACCAAACGACGUUUUGUCUUUUUGUAUUAAGAUGUGGCCAUCUCUGUCUGCAAACCAUGAUGAGGAGGCUGAUUGAUAAAAUUUUCCGUAGGAAGACAGCUGUAAAUGAUGCUUUUUGAUUUAUUGUUGGCGCUGAUGAGCUAAAAUGACUCAUAAUGCAGAUCAAAGGUCCUAUGCUGUCAGCAUUUCCUUACCUGAUGAACAGGUGUUUAGGAACCUGAAGAAUGCCAAGCAUUUUGCCAUUGACAUUGGUGGUUCCCUGGCCAAGCUAGCCUACAGUUCUACUCUUCAGCGUAGGACGUCCCUGGUAUCAGAGGAGUCAUCCGAGUUGGAAGGAGCUGGCAGUAUAUACCAAGUUUCUGAGGAAGAUGAGUUCACAAACCGCCUUCACUUUGUCAAGUUUGAGACUCGUCUCAUUGAGACAUGUCUUGACUUCAUACAAAGACACCUGAAAGGGUCGCCAUUAAAGGACAAGGUCAUUAAGGCGACAGGGGGCGGGGCCCAUAAAUAUCGACAACUCAUCAACUCAAAGCUGGGGGUACAGAUAGACAAAGAAGAUGAGAUGCAGUGUUUGAUACGGGGCUGUAACUUUCUUCUUCAAAACAUCCCUGAUGAGGCAUUCUCUUAUCAUCGACAUGAGAAACCUGAGUACAGAUUCCAAGGAGUGAACCAUAAUGUCUUCCCCUACCUUUUGGUCAACAUAGGGUCAGGGGUCAGCCUGAUUAAGGUGGAUUCUGAAACAAAAUUUGAGAGGAUCGGUGGAACUUCAAAUGGAGGAGGGACAUUUUGGGGCUUGGGGUCCCUCUUGACCAAAGCCAAGACAUUUGAUGAGUUGCUGGAGUUGGCUGAGAAAGGAGACCAUCGAGAGGUGGACAUGUUGGUCAAGGAUAUCUAUGGUGGAGAAUACUCCUCCAUUGGUCUAACGGGGGAUGUGAUUGCUAGUAGCUUUGGCAAGGCUACACAACCACACAAAGACCAGGAAUCAUCCUUCAGGGAGGAAGAUAUAGCACGGUCACUGCUGCUGUCCAUUAGUAAUGACAUCGGACAGAUUGCUUGUCUUCAUGCUCGGAUGCAUGGACUGACCAAGAUCUACUUCGGAGGCUAUUUCAUUCGAGGUCAUCCCUUAACCAUGCGUACUAUCACCUUUUCCAUCAACUUCUGGUCAAAGGACGAGAUUCAGCCCCUCUUUCUUCGACACGAGGGCUAUCUUGGUGCCAUUGGGGCCUUUCUGAGAGGUGCAGAAGAGAGUGAUGAGACCGGGAGCCAGUCGUAUACCUGGGGUGAGAAUUACGCCCGCAGUUCUGGCCUCAGUAGUGCUCAGCAGUCCUCGGUCAACUGGAAACGCACCAGGAGCUCCACGUUUGAUAUGCUGGAGUUGGACAAGGUGAAUGCUCGUGACCAUUGUCCAGUGCUGUUAGAUCCAGACACUUACAGUCCAGACAUGGUUGACCUUACCAAGGAUACAGACGCUCGAGAGUACUGGCUGGAUUGCUUUUCAAAUACUGUAGACAAGACAAAGAAUCUUGCCAUUAAGAGUCAGUCAGGCUCCCCUGAUGUUGAAGAGCGGGCAAAUAAAUUCAAGGACAGUUACCUAGAACGUCUGAAUGGGCUCAAAGAAAAUCCAUGUGCAUAUGGAUCUCUGACAGUGAGGUUUUUACUGGACACAAGUAGUCAUCUAUUAAGAGACUAUCUCUUCACCGACCCCUACUCACAGCAAAAACAGACAGAAAAUGAACAUGCCUUGCGGAGUCUUCCAGCCCGUCUUAAGUCCCUUGACAGUAUGGAUGAAAGUGACCGCCUUCUUAGCCUGGCCAGAGGUCUCCUGGCUGGUAAUGUGUUUGACUGGGGAGCUAAAGAGGUGGUUAAAAUGAUGGAAUCUGGCCAGGACUUUGGCUUCAACGAAGCACUAGAUAAAGUUGAAGCCCGCCCCUGGCUGUGUGAUUACUUUGAUGCCUGGAUGGAGAGGCUUAACAAUGCCCCCCCUCAUCAAUGUGCAGUUGUAUUCUGUGACAACAGCGGUGCUGAUAUUAUAUUAGGGUUACUUCCCUUUGUUCGUGAUCUUCUCACCAGGGGAACCAAAGUGAUACUGUGUGCAAAUUCCCGUCCUACUUUAAAUGAUGUCACAUAUAACGAACUUACGAUUCUUGUGAAAAGAGUGUCGGAAAUAUGCCCAAUCAUUGACAACGCUCUAAAGGAACAUCGGCUGAUGCCAAUGGAGUCAGGACAGGAAUCCCCAUGUCUUGAUCUAAGGUUGGUUGACCAGUCCCUAGUGAAGGCUAUGGUACGUGAGAAGACUGAUUUGGUUGUGAUUGAAGGAAUGGGCAGAGCAGUACACACUAACUUUGAUGCCAAAUUCUCUUGUGAGUCACUAAAAGUGGCUAUUCUCAAAAACAAAUGGCUGGCCAAUAGAUUUGGUGGAGAAAUGUUCAGUGUGAUAUUUAAAUAUGAAAAUCCUUCAAAAGAGAGUUGAUGCUUGCCAUCAAACAGUAAUAUAUAGUUAAACAGGAUUGACUUAGCUACAUGGACUAUAUAAACAUCAGUACGUUUAAUUGGAUAUACCUUACAACUGGUAGAUAUGAUAAGUAGGUGAGUUAUACAGAGAGGAGGGACAUAGUUAAUAUUUAAGUGAUUAAAUGAUUUGACUUUGAUCUUGGAUUGAUACCAGAUUUAAUCUGAGGUAAAUCAAUGACUGAAUCAUUCCUAUAUUCCCAAAGUUAAUGACUUGAUAUUGGAGUGAGCCAGUUUUAGAGUAUUAGUGUGAAGUCAUAGUUUUGAUGUACCAUUGCUGAUUCAGCCAGUGUUAAUAUCUUCAUAUAUCAUACAUGGUAACCUGUUGAGAAAAAAUAGUGGUGUUGCUGGAAAAGUAAAACUAGAUAUGUUGGAACAGGUUUGAUAAGUAAACCUGAACUAGUAUUUAUUAAUUGUUCCGCUUCAUUAGACUCAUGUCAAUAUUAUACUUAUUUCGGGUCUGUCUAAAGGUCACCAGUUCAGUUCAACUCACAGAGCCUUAUCAGGGUCUACCAAUCACUCUGAUAACUGUGAUAAAAUUAGAUUUCACUGAUUUAAUACUGUUGAACAGCAGAAUAAUAUUACAGAACUGUGUGUAUCCCUGUAGUAACAGAUCUGUGUGUAUCCCAGUGGUUACAGACUUGUGUGUAUCCCAGUGGUAACAGAAUUGUGUGUAUCCCUGUAGUAACAGACCUGUGUGUAUCCCAGUGGUUACAGACUUGUGUGUAUCCCAGUGGUAACAGAAUUGUGUGUAUCCCUGUGAUAACAGACCUGAGUGUAUCCCUGUAGUUACAGACCUGUGUGUAUCUCUGGGUACAGACCUGUGUGUAUCCCAGUGGUUACAGACCUGUGUGUAUCCCAGUGGUAACAGAACUGUGUGUAUCCCUGUGGUAACAGAACUGUGUGUAUCCCUGUGAUAACAGAACUGUGUAUCCCUGUGGUUACAGACCUGUGUGUAUCCCAGUGGUAACAGAACUGUGUGUAUCCCUGUGGUAACAGAACUGUGUGUAUCCCUGUGAUAACAGAACUGUGUGUAUCCCUGUGGUUACAGACCUGUGUGUAUCCCUGUGAUAACAGAACUGUGUGUAUCCCUGUGGUUACAGACCUGUGUGUGUGAUAACAGAACUGUGUGUAUCCCUGUGGUUACAGACCUGUGUGUAUCUCUGUGGUUACAGACCUAUGUGUAUCUCUGUGGUUACAGACCUGUGUGUAUCUCUGUUGGUACAGACCUGUGUGUAUCCCUGUAAUUACAGACCUGUGUGUAUCUCUGUUGGUACAGACCUGUGUGUAUCCCAGUGGUUACAGACCUGUGUGUAUCCCUGUAAUUACAGACCUAUGUGUAUCUCUGUUGGUACAGACCUGUGUGUAUCCCAGUGGUUACAGACCUGUGUAUAUACCUUUAAUUACAGACCUGUGUGUAUCUCUGUUGGUACAGACCUGUGUGUAUCCCAGUGGUUACAGACUUGUGUGUAUCUCUGUGAAACUUUUAGGAAUCUUGAACACAAAGGUUUUGAUGUUCGUCUCAUUACUGAGAGAUGAAAUAGGUUCUCAAAAUGUGGAUUAGUCAUACAAUGUGGGACUUCCCAUCUCUGAGUGAUUACUAUCUAUGUUUACCUAGGUGUUUUCCCUAACUAUGAUAUGUAGCUUUAGUUUCUAGUUGAUUUAAGCCCCUUGAUUAACUAUAUUUUCAUAAUACCUUCAGGAGUAAGUAUAUGAUGUAACAGUAUUGUAUCUGUGAUGAAUGAUUUGACAAUUUUAUUGUGUGAAUGGAUUAACCUAGACACAACUAUGUACUGACACAAAUUAGAUUUUAUUAUGUGAAUGGAUUAACCUAGACACAACUAUGUACUGACACAAAUUAGAUUUUAUUAUGUGAAUUUGUAAAUCUUCUACCAAAAUGUGAUCAAUUUUGUAAGUAGAGAAAUUUUGUAAUACUCAGUGAUACUUAACUUUGGACACUGUGUAACAUACAGAAUUGUACAAAGUGAUACUUAACUUUGGACACUGUGUAACAUACAGAAUUGUACAAAGUGAUACUUAACUUUGGACACUGUGUAACAUACAGAAUUGUA